UAAUGACUCCGGAAGUGACGACUUAAAUCCUUUCCAGAUCGAGGCCGGCAAGAUGGCGGCGGACACGCAGGGGCAGGUUUCAGACACACUGAAGAGAUUCGCUGUGAAAGUCACGUCGUCCAGCGUUAAAGAGCGCAAAGAAAUUCUUGAAGAGUUGAAGGAAUGUGUGAAAGGAAAGGAUCUUCCGGAGCCGGCCAUUAAAGGACUGUGUAAACUCUUCUAUCUCACUCUGCACAGAUACAGAGAUGCUGCGUCUCGGCGAGCUUUGCUCUCGGUCAUCGAGGUGCUCGUCUACUCCCAGCCUGAUGCCAUUGCGACCAAUCUCCCUCCCGGUCUGCUGAGCUGUGGGGUGGUCAGCAAGGGCAUGAUGCCCGGGAAGAGCACAGCUUCAGGAGCCUGCUGCGCCCUUCCCUGGACCUGCUUAAUUGUUCGAACCGUCUUCCCCUCCGCAGACAAGCGAGAAGGUGCCAACUGGAAGAAACUGGUUGAGGUUCAGAGUUUGCUGCUGGCGGAGGCAGUGGGUGGAGCCUCAGGGAACGCUCUCAAGUCAAUCAGCAAACGCUUUAAUAAGCUGUGGACGGAGAACCCGGGUCUGGUGGAUCAGUACAUGAGCACUCUGCUGUGUUUAGAUCAGAGCUGUGUGUCUGUGCCGCUGCUGGGAUUGUGUGUGGAUUUCUGCUCUGCGCAGAGAGACAUCGCCACUAUCAACAAACACAAGGCAACUUUCUUGGACCUGUACAUGAAGACGGUCCUCAUGAGUAAGACCAGACCGCAUCAGCACAUCCUGGAGAAGGGCGGCUCGAUGCUUCGCCACAUGUCUCACGCAGAGUUUAAGGAGCAGCUGCUGCCCACGUUACAGAAAGCUCUGCUGCGCAGCCCGGAGAACUCCAUGCAGAGUGAGUCACGCAAACUACCACACUAUGACUCCACCAUCAAAGUUGGCAAAGACCAAACCAUUGAUCCUGCUUUGCUGUUCCAACGGUUCCUGAUCAUGUCGAAAACUGAACAGUUUUCACUGGAAGAUGUAAUGCGCUAUGAGCUCUGCUCAUUUCCUGCAGCCCUGUUCGAAGGCAAGGAAAUCUUCCGUAAAGCCAACAAGCCCCAACUAGCGCAGGCAGUCACUGAGUUCUCAAGCAAGAAAUCUAACAAAUCUGUCCUGGAUUCCAUCCCACCAACUGAGCAUUAUGUCCUUGACGGUGGCUCCCUGGUUCACCGCUUGGCAUGGAAAACGGGUGACAGUUACGGAGCCAUUGCACAGUCAUAUGCAGACUUUAUGCAUGCCUGCAUGUCAAGGCAUAUGGACUACCAUGCAUGCCUGCUUGUGGACCAUGUCAAGUUGGGAAUUGUGAGAAUCACUAUAAUCAACCUCUAUGGGAGGAAGAGUGUGACGACUAAUGAACGUCUGCCUCCAACUGAGUCCUCAACCAAAUACCACUGCCAAAGAGUUUACUUCCAGAUCAUGGUGUGGAUUGGAAAGGAAGGUGACAUGAACACAGUGGAUUGGGGAUGGAAACUGGUGGACAACCGGUUCCUGCCAGUUAUGACCAGUAAGACUGCUGCCCCAGAAAGCCUCCUGCAGAUGAUCCACUGCUCAGAGGGGAAGCUCACUGUUGUGGCCCAGAAGAUGAGCGUUCUGUCAGGAAUCAGAAGUUGCAGUCAUCAUGCCGUCUCUGGCUCUUCCUCUCAGUCUCUGAGCUCCAGCGUGGCUGUGAUGUUCAUUCCAUACCUGCAACAGGAAGUCCAUGAGGGGACGCUGGUGCAUGCAGUGUCUGUUUUAUCUCAGUGGACGAGCCGUUUCACGGUGGACGUGCCUUCAGAGUUAAGAGAAUGGUUUAAAAAAGCCUUCACCCUCAAGACGUCCACAUCCCCUGUGCGCCACGCGUAUCUGCAGGCCCUGAUCGGGGCUUUCAAAGGCGACGCUCUCAAUCAGGCUGUGGAAUUCCUGCCUCUCCUCAUCCAGACUGUGGAGAAAGCUGCUGCCCAGAAUACCCAGCAUUCUCUGCUGUCUGAAGGCGUGGCUGCCUCUGUGCUGCUCUGUCGGCUGUCUGUGCUUGACUCUGUGCCCGAAGCGAAGCUGGCAUCCUUCUGGAACCUGAUACUCGAUGAAAAGAAGCCUCUGUUCACUACCGAGAAGUUCCUCUCUCAGGCCAGUGAAGAAACUCUGUGCACCAUCCUGUUGCUGUGUGAAAGACUGUUUCUGGAUCAGCCUCAAAGACUUAACAACAGCAAGUCUCAGAUGUACCAUCAGGCCACAGUGAUGGCGCUGCUCUCCCGUCUGUGGCAUGUGCGUAAGCGUGCUCAGCAGACUGUGAAGAAACUCCUGUCCUCGCUGGGCGGCUCCAGCCUGGCCCACGGCCUUCUGGGAGAACUGCGUGUCGUCAUCAACAAACACAAGAUUUUGCCAUCAGAUGUUGUUUAUACGGAGUCGAGUGAGCUCACAGAGAUCGGACGCUCUUACAUCGCCCCGCGGAUCCUGCUGGACGCUCUGAGCGUGAUCUGCUCGGUGGCGGCUCAGUGGAACGACCCGGCGGAGACUGAGAAUCUAGCCCUGGAUAUUCUCAUCGUAACCCAUCAUCCGUCUAUCGUGGCCGUCAGGUCUGAGAUGUGGCCUUCUCUGCUGUCCACCAUGAAGCUGGACGCUGCUGAAUUCAUCGAUAAACACCUGGAGAUGAUUCUACCUCGCCUGCUAGAAGCAAACGCAGACAAUCAGGCUGUUCAGAAUGCUGUCGGUUCUCUGUCGCUUCUGUCUCCCACCAAACUGCUGCCGCGUGUCAUGGAUCAUGUGGCCCAGCGCUUGUCCAAUCCAGCGCUGAGGCAGGUGACGCGUCAGGAGUAUGCCAUCAUGCAAACGCCGGAGGGAGAACUUUACGACAAGAGCAUCAUUAUGAGCGCUCAGCAGGAGAGCACAAAGAAAGGCAACAUGAAAAGAGAGAAUAAGGCGUAUUCCUUCAAAGAGCAGAUCAUUGAACUGGAGCUUCAAGAGGAGAUCAAGAAGAAAAAAGGCAUCAAAGAGGAGAUCCAGCUGACCAGCAAGCAGAAGGAGAUGAUGCAGAACCAGCUGGAGAAUGAGUCUGCCAUCCGCAAGCGUUUGCAGGAGCUGGUUGGGGAGCUGCAGUGUGCGGUCGGUCUGUUGGAAGUGGCUCUGGCCCGUCGUCCUCCUUUGAUCUGGAUGCAUCUUCCUGGAGUUCUGCAGGUUGUUCUGCCCCUACUUCAGUCUCCUCUGGCUGCUCCCCGCGUCAAACAGGUCUUCCUGCACAUCGGCGUCUCUCUCAUGCCUAAAGAACUGCACUACCUGGCGGUUCUCGUGGGUCAUGUGACCUUGCGUCAGCUGAAGCCAGAGUGUGAUUUGGAUCCUGCCUGGGCUCAAGAAGAUCUGAACACAGCAACGCAACGAACCAUCUCACUGCUGCACACAAACACAGCACUUCAGAGAGAUGGCAAGACCGGAUCAGGUGCAUUUGUCCUGUCAGCGCCGGCGUUCUCCUUCUGUUUCCCGCUGCUGCAGGCAGUGUUGAGUCAGAGCAGCGGAUCCUCAGAGGAGACUGAGCUCAUGAUGACCCGCGCACUGCAGGUCAUCAACACACAUGUACAGCUGCGGGCGAAAUUCAACGAAACCGACACACUCAUAGACGAGAAUGGCCCAGAGCUGCUGCCUAGAGUCAGUAUGCUGCUGCUCUUGACCAAAGUGAUCGGCACAUCCACCCCUCGCCUUCAGGUGCUGGCAUCAGGCUGUCUGACGGCGCUGUGUGCCAGCGCUGGAGGGCAGGAGGGAUGUGCGCUCGCUGAACAGCCUGAGAUUGACGCUCUGCUGGAGGCUUUACUGUCCUCGUGCUUCUGUGUCAGAGACGCUGCGCUCAGGGGUCUGCUGGAGAUGGAGUUGGCGUUGCCCACCGACAGCGCUGACGCCAGCGGUCUGAAGAUGCUGAGGAGACUGUGGGUGGCCAAAUUUGAUGUGGAGGAGGAGGGCAGAGCGCUGGCGGAGAAACUCUGGCAGGCUCUGUGUCUGGAUCUGGUCCCUGAGCUGUGUUCGCUCCUGAUUGAGGAUGUGAUCCACCACGAGGAGGCGGUGCGUUCGGCGGGGGCCGAGGCUCUGUCCAGCGCUGUCAGUCAGUACCGCGAGCAGUCGGCCACCGUCCUGACCCAACUCACGGAGCUCUACCACCAGAAACUCUACAGACCUCCUCCGGUUCUGGACACUCUGGGACGCGUCAUUUCUGAAGCUCCUCCUGACCAAUGGGAGGCCAGGUGCGGCAUUGCUCUGGCGCUCAACAAACUGGCUGAGUUCCUGCAUGAGAGUCAGGUGACGCCCCUCUUCCUGUUCUUUGUGCCGGACGCUCUGAACGACAGACACGCGGAUGUGCGCCGCUGCAUGCUGGACGCAGCGCUGUCCGCCCUCAACACACACGGCAAGCCCAACUUCAGUCUACUCAUCACCUUAACUUUAACUGCCUAUGACUCAGUGCGGCAGAGCGUGGUCAUCCUCAUGGGCUCGCUGGCCAAACAUCUGGACAAGAGCGACCCUAAAGUCAAACCCAUCGUGGCCAAGCUGAUCACAGCCCUCUCCACUCCCUCACAGCAGGUUCAGGAGUCGGUGGCCAGCUGUCUUCCUCCUCUGGUUCCUGCUAUAAAGGAGGACGCCGGUGGGAUGGUGCGGAAGCUCCUGCAGCUCCUGCUGGAGAGCGACAAAUACGCCGAGCGGAAGGGAGCCGCGUACGGACUGGCCGGGCUGGUCAAAGGUCUGGGAAUCCUGUCUCUCAAACAGCAGGAGAUCAUGACCACUUUGACAGACGCCAUCCAGGACAAGAAGAACUCCAGACGCAGAGAAGGUGCUCUGUUUGCGUUUGAGAUGUUGUGUAACAUGCUGGGGAAGCUGUUUGAACCGUACGUGGUCCAUGUCCUCCCUCACCUGCUGCUCUGUUUUGGUGAUGGGAACCAGUACGUCAGAGAGGCGGCGGAUGACUGCGCUAAGGCUGUGACGAGGAAUCUGAGCGCUCACGGCGUGAAGCUGGUGCUGCCGUCUCUGCUGAUGGCUCUGGAGGAGGAGUCCUGGAGAACCAAAGCAGGGUCGGUGGAGUUGUUGGGUGCGAUGGCGUACUGCGCUCCUAAGCAGCUGUCCUCGUGUCUGCCGAACAUCGUUCCCAAACUGACGGAGGUUUUGACGGACUCUCACGUGAAGGUGCAGAAGGCCGGUCAGCAAGCGCUCCGACAGAUCGGCUCAGUCAUCCGCAACCCUGAGAUCCUGGCGAUCACCCCCAUCCUGCUGGACGCUUUGACCGACCCGUCUCAUAAGACGCAGCACUGCCUGCAAACGCUGCUGGACACCAAGUUUGUGCACUUCAUCGACGCUCCGUCUCUGGCUCUGAUCAUGCCCAUCGUCCAGAGAGCGUUUCAGGACCGUUCCACCGACACACGCAAGAUGGCCGCGCAGAUCAUCGGAAACAUGUACUCGCUUACUGACCAGAAGUCAAACAAAUUCACCCCGUAUGUGGGUCCCAUCCUUCCCUGCAUCCUCAAGGCUCUGGCCGAUGAGAACGAGUAUGUGCGAGACACGGCCCUGCGCGCCGGCCAGCGCAUCAUCAGCAUGUAUGCCGAGACUGCCAUCGCUCUGCUGCUGCCAGAGCUGGAGCAGGGCCUGUUUGACGACCUCUGGAGAAUCAGAUUUAGCUCGGUGCAGUUGCUAGGCGACCUGCUGUUCCAUAUCUCCGGGGUAACGGGAAAGAUGACAACAGAGACGGCAUCAGAGGAUGACAAUUUUGGCACGGCCCAGUCGACUAAGGCCAUUAUUGGAGCACUGGGUGCAGAGAGACGCAACCGUGUGCUUUCUGGGCUCUACAUGGGCCGCUCAGACAUACAGCUGGUGGUCAGACAGGCGUCUCUUCACGUGUGGAAGAUUGUGGUGUCGAACACGCCGCGAACGCUACGAGAAAUCCUGCCCACCCUCUUCACGCUGCUGCUGGGCUUCCUGGCCUCCACCUGCCCAGACAAGAGAACGAUCGCUGCUCGUACUUUAGGUGACCUGGUGAAGAAACUGGGUGAGAAGAUCCUGCCUGAAAUCAUUCCCAUCCUGGAGGAGGGUCUGCGCUCGGAUAAGAGCGACGAGAGGCAGGGUGUGUGUAUCGGCCUCAGCGAGAUCAUGAAGUCCACCAGCAAAGAUGCAGUUCUGGUGUUCUCCGAGUCUCUGGUUCCCACCGUGCGUAAGGCCCUGUGUGAUCCUCUGGAGGAGGUUCGUGAAGCGGCUGCCAAAACCUUCGAGCAGCUCCACACCACCAUCGGUCACCAGGCCCUCGACGACAUCCUGCCUACACUGCUCAAACAACUGGAGGACGAGGAGACGUCAGAGUUUGCGUUGGAUGGAUUGAAACAGGUCAUGGCUGUGAAGAGUCGAUCUGUCCUGCCUUACCUGGUGCCUAAGCUGACGGCUCCUCCUGUAAACACGCGUGUCCUCGCCUUCCUGUCUGCUGUGGCAGGAGACGCUCUGACGCGACACCUCGGGGUGAUUCUGCCCGCGCUGCUCUCCUCUCUCAAAGACAAGCUGGGCUCAGAGGAGUGCCUGCAGGAGCUGAGCAACUGUCAGACUGUGGUCCUCUCGGUGGAGGAUGAAGUGGGCCAGAGAAUCAUCAUUGAGGAUCUGCUGGAGGCCACACGAGGAGCAGACGCUGGGCUGAGGCAGGCGUCUGUCACCAUCCUCAACGGAUACUUCUCUCGAACACGGCUGGACUACAGCGCUCACACGCGCAGGCUGCUGUCUGGCCUCAUGCGGCUCAUGAACGACCCCAACCCUGAGGUGCUCAACCAGAGCUGGGACACCAUCAACUCCAUCACAAAGGGAGUGACGUGUAUUCUCCCCGUGCUGAGGGAGGGCGUGCUGACAGGAAGUCCCGAGCAGAAAGAGGAGGCGGCUCGUGCGCUGGGCGGAGUCAUUAAACUGACAUCAGCGGAGGCGCUGCGGCCCUCUGUGGUCAACAUCACCGGACCGCUCAUCCGUAUCCUAGGAGACCGUUUCGCUUGGACUGUGAAGACGGCUCUGCUGGAGACGCUCACUCUGCUGCUGGCCAAAGUGGGCAUCGCUCUGAAACCCUUCCUGCCACAGCUCCAGACCACCUUCCUGAAGGCCCUCCAGGACUCCAGCCGGGCCGUGAGGCUGCGGGCAGCAGAGUCUCUGGGUCAGCUGGUCUCCAUACACACUAAAGUAGAUCCACUGUUCACAGAACAGCUGUUGGCCAUACGCAACGCAGAGGACUCUGGAGUCAGGGAGACGAUGUUGCAGGCCCUGCGCUUCGUCAUCCAGGGUGCAGGGGCAAAAGUCGACCCCACCAUCAGGAAGAACAUCACCACCACACUGCUGGGCAUGCUGGGACAUGAUGAGAAACUGGAUGCUGGCAGUCAGCUGUCCUUGAUUGAUGACCUACACAGGGACAUCCGCUCUGCUGCCGCUGAGGUCAGAGGUCAACACCUACCUGGCUUCUGUCUGCCCAAGAAGUUCCUGUCAGAAGAGGAGCUCAAGAAUGUGUUACAGCAGCAUGUCCUCGCGGAUGUUUCUGGCGUGGACUGGAUGGUGCGUCACGGCCGUAGUUUGACUCUGGCUAUCGCGGUGAAGUCCGCUCCUGAUCAGCUGUGUUCGGAGGAGUACAGCUCGACUGUGCUGGAGGCCGUCUUAUCCAGUGCCACCGCAGACAGAAUCCCCAUCGCCUGCAGCGGCAUCAGAGCCAUGGGUUACCUGAUGAGACACCAGCUCCGCACAGGAGGACCGGAGAGCAUCUCGCCCCGCAUCAUCACACAGUUCCUCAAGUGUCUGCAGAACCAGUCGAGUGACAUUCGUCUGGUGACGGAGCGCAUGCUGUGGUGGGUGUGUAAGGAGGCGGAGACUCCCGCUCUGGAGCCCAGUCUGGUCAAACCGGUCAUCAAAGCCCUGCUGGACAACACCAAGGACAAGAACACCAGCGUCCGAGCGCAGAGCGAACACACGCUCGUCAGCCUGCUGCGGCUGCGCCAGGGAGAAGACGGCAUGCAGAGCAUCAAUGCAAUCCUGGACACGGCCAGUAAUGAGCUGCUGUCAGAAUGUUACCGCAGAUCCCUGAAGAAGAUCUCCAGCCUUCCCGACUCCAACGAAGAGAUCGAUGACACCAUCCUGACAUGAUGGACAGCUUCAGCUGCUCUGAAUCCAGUCCUGUAGCCGCUGCUGUUCUCAGAGAUCCUGCAUCUGUCAGUCUCACACACACACACACACACACUCUCCUCACGCUAGCUUUGACUCGUGUCAUUUACGCCACAAGGAAAGCCUGGGAAAGUAUUUAUUGUGCUGAGCCCCUAAAAUCAUCAUCUAAAAUCUGCAUUGUCCUUAAUUGGCUAUUAAUUUGUAAAUGUAUAUUUUUCAUUUGGUUUUCUUCUGAAAGAUGAAGUAUUAAUUUGUGCCAAUUCUUUUCAAACAUUGAUGUUCUGAUGCCCUUUUAUAUUUUGUUUGGAUGGUAAGCAGUUUCUCGCUGUUGUAAUUGAGACGCGUGAGCCAUUAACAACCCAAAGGAUGUGAUGCUGAUUUUUCCAAUUAGCGCUGUGUCCUAUAAUAAUGGUUGUAUGAAUAAAUAGAAAAUGAAAACCUUGAUUUAAUAAACCGUUUGACUUAAAGAAAUUACAUUUAUGUUUGUGU